AUGGCUACCAACGGGACCAAAGCCUCGGACGGACACGUCUUAACGGAGACGGUGAAUGACGCGCCCACCACCACGCCAAACGACAAACCCAAAACCUUGGUUGUGAAAGUGCAGAAGACGAAAAAGGAUCUACCCGAGAGAGAAACGUGGGCUGGGAAAUUUGACUUUCUUCUCUCUUGUGUCGGAUACGCAAUCGGACUCGGGAAUGUCUGGAGAUUUCCUUACUUAUGUGGGAAAAACGGCGGAGGGGCCUUCUUGAUUCCCUACUUUUUGACCCUCAUAUUUGCUGGCAUGCCCCUGUUCUUUCUGGAGACGGCUCUCGGUCAGUACACUUCUAUCGGUGGUCUGGGAGUGUGGAAGCUGGCUCCAGUGUUCAAAGGUGUGGGUCUUGCUGCUGCCGUUCUGUCCUUUUGGCUCAAUAUCUAUUACAUAGUCAUCAUUUCCUGGGCUCUUUACUAUCUGUACAACUCCUUCACUGCUGACCUGCCAUGGCAGACUUGUGGCAAUCCCUGGAACACAGACCGCUGCUACACCAACUACAGCAUCACAGACACCAGGAACCUCACCAGCGCUGUGGUGGAGUUCUGGGAACGGAACAUGCACCAGCUGACCGACGGUCUGGAGAAGCCUGGGGAGGUCAGGAUCCCGCUGGCUAUCACACUCGCCAUCGCUUGGGUGCUCGUCUAUUUCUGUAUCUGGAAGGGGGUCAGCUGGACUGGCAAAGUGGUGUACUUCUCAGCCACAUACCCUUACUUCAUGCUGUUCAUCCUGUUUUGUCGUGGCAUCACUCUACCUGGUGCCUUUGAUGGAAUCCUGUUCUACAUCACACCAGACUUUGAAAAACUGAAGCAGUCUGAGGUGUGGCUCGAUGCUGCCACUCAGAUCUUCUUCUCCUACGGGCUGGGAUUAGGCUCCCUGAUCGCUCUCGGCAGCUACAAUCCCUUCAAUAACAACGUGUACAGAGAUUCUAUCAUCGUCUGCUGCAUCAACUCCUUCACCAGUAUGUUCGCCGGCUUUGUCAUCUUCUCCAUCGUGGGAUUCAUGGCCAACGUAACAAAGAGACCCAUUGCUGAUGUGGCCGCCUCAGGACCUGGUUUGGCGUUUCUGGCGUAUCCGGAGGCCGUCACCAAGCUGCCCAUCUCUCCACUCUGGGCCAUACUCUUCUUCUCCAUGCUGCUGAUGCUGGGAAUCGACAGCCAGUUCUGUACUGUGGAAGGCUUCAUCACUGCACUGGUGGAUGAAUUCCCUCGGGUCCUCCGGAAACGUAGAGAGCUCUUCAUUGCAGCUGUCUGCCUUGUUUCUUACAUCAUCGGACUGUCCAACAUCACACAGGGUGGCCUGUAUGUGUUUAAGCUGUUUGACUACUACUCUGCCAGCGGCAUGUCCCUGCUUUUCCUGGUCUUCUUUGAGUGCAUCUCGAUUUCAUGGUUCUACGGUGUAAACAAAUUCUACGACAACAUUGAGGAGAUGAUCGGCUACAGGCCCUGCAUGUGGUGGAAGGCCUGCUGGGUUGUCUUCACUCCACUCAUCGUGGCCGGAGUCUUCUUGUUCAGUGCAGUGCAGAUGGUUCCCCUCACGAUGGGCGACUACGUGUUCCCAGCCUGGGGUCAGGGGGUGGGCUGGUGCAUGGCGCUCUCCUCCAUGACGCUCAUCCCUGGAUACAUGGGCUACAUGUUCCUCACACUCAAAGGCACAUACAAAGAGCGUCUGCGGAUGAUGAUCAAGCCUUUGGCAAUGGUGAAGGCUCAGGAAAAUGGCCCAGACCAGCAGACAGAAAACCAGAACCAGAACCCUGCCAACGAGGAAGCCUACAUCUAA